AUGUCCCGGAUUGAAAAGAUGAGCAUUCUGGGUGUGCGGAGUUUUGGAAUAGAGGACAAAGAUAAGCAAAUUAUCACUUUUUUCAGCCCCCUCACAAUUUUGGUUGGACCCAAUGGGGCGGGGAAGACGACCAUCAUUGAAUGUCUAAAAUAUAUUUGUACUGGAGAUUUUCCUCCUGGAACCAAAGGAAAUACAUUUGUUCAUGAUCCCAAGGUUGCUCAAGAAACAGAUGUUAGAGCCCAGAUUCGUCUGCAGUUUCGUGAUGUCAAUGGAGAACUUAUAGCUGUGCAGAGAUCUAUGGUGUGUACUCAGAAAAGCAAAAAGACAGAAUUUAAAACCCUGGAAGGAGUCAUUACUAGAACAAAGCAUGGUGAGAAGGUCAGUCUCAGCUCUAAGUGUGCAGAAAUUGACCGAGAGAUGAUAAGUUCUCUUGGGGUUUCCAAGUCUGUGCUAAAUAAUGUCAUUUUUUGUCACCAAGAAGACUCUAAUUGGCCUUUAAGUGAAGGAAAGGCUCUGAAGCAAAAAUUUGAUGAGAUUUUUUCAGCAACAAGGUACAUUAAAGCCUUGGAAACGCUGCGGCAGGUACGUCAGACACAAGGUCAGAAAGUAAAAGAAUGUCAAACAGAACUAAAAUAUUUGAAGCAAAACAAGGAAAAAGCUUGUGAGAUACGUGACCAGAUUACUAGUAAGGAAGCUCAGUUAAUAUCAUCAAAGGAAAUUGUCAAAUCCUAUGAGAACGAACUUGAUCCAUUGAAGAAUCGUCUAAAAGAAAUUGAACAAAAUCUUUCUAAAAUAAUGAGACUUGACAAUGAAAUCAAAGCCUUGGAUAGCCGAAAGAAGCAGAUGGAAAAAGAUAAUAGUGAACUGGAACAGAAGAUGGAAAAGGUUUUUCAAGGGACUGAUGAGCAACUAAAUGAUUUAUAUCACAAUCACCAGAGAACAGUGAGGGAGAAAGAAAGGAGACUGAUAGACUGUCAGCGUGAACUGGAAAAGUUAAAUAAAGAAUCAAGACUUCUCAAUCAGGAAAAAUCAGAACUGCUUGUUGAACAGGUGUUAGCUGUGGUCAUCAUGGUGUACCUUACAUCCCUAGUAUUUACAUAUAACUGGAAAUCUAAUGACUUUGCAGAAAAAGAGACUAUGAAACAAAAACAGAUUGAUGAGAUAAGGGAUAAGAAAACUGGACUGGGAAGAAUAAUUGAGCUAAAAUCAGAAAUCCUAAGUAAGAAGCAGAAUGAGCUGAGAAAUGUGAAGUAUGAAUUACAGCAGUUGGAAGGAUCUUCGGACAGGAUUCUUGAACUGGACCAGGAGCUCUCAAAAGCUGAACGUGAGCUAAGCAAGGCUGAGAAAAACAGCAAUGUAGAAGCUCUAAAAACAGAAGUAAUAAGCCUUCAAAGUGAGAAAGCAGACCUAGACAGGACCCUGCGUAAAUUGGACCAAGAGAUGGAACAGAUAAACCAUCAUACAACAACACGUACCCAGAUGGAGAUGCUGACCAAAGACAAAUCUGACAAAGAUGAACAAAUCAGAAAGAUAAAAUCUCGACACAGUGAUGAAUUAACUUCAUUGUUAGGGUAUUUUCCCAACAAAAAGCAGCUUGAAGACUGGCUUCAUAGUAAGUCAAAAGAAAUUAAUCAGACCAGGGACAGACUUGCCAAAUUGAACAAAGAACUAGCUUCAGCUGAGCAAAAUAAAAAUCACUUAAAUAAUGAACUAAAAAGGAAAGAAGAGCAGUUGUCCAGUUAUGAAGACAAGCUGUUUGAUGUUUGUGGUAGCCAGGAUUUUGAAAGUGAUUUAGACAGACUUAAGGAAGAAAUUGAAAAAUCCUCAAAACAACGAGCCAUGCUGGCUGGAGCCACGGCAGUUUACUCCCAGUUCAUUACUCAGCUAACGGAUGAAAACCAGUCAUGUUGCCCUGUCUGUCAGAGGGUUUUUCAGACAGAAGCUGAAUUACAGGAAGUCAUCAGUGAUUUACAGUCUAAGCUGCGGCUUGCUCCAGAUAAACUCAAGUCAACAGAAUCGGAACUAAAGAAAAAAGAAAAACGGCGUGAUGAAAUGCUGGGACUUGUCCCCAUGAGGCAAAGCAUAAUUGAUUUGAAGGAGAAGGAAAUACCAGAAUUAAGAAACAAACUGCAAAAUGUCAACAGAGACAUACAGCGCUUAAAGAAUGACAUAGAAGAACAGGAAACACUCUUGGGCACAAUAAUGCCUGAAGAAGAAAGUGCUAAAGUAUGCCUGACAGAUGUUACAAUUAUGGAAAGAUUCCAGAUGGAACUUAAAGAUGUUGAAAGAAAAAUUGCACAGCAAGCAGCUAAGCUGCAAGGACUAGACUUGGGUAGAACUGUCCAGCAAGUAAACCAGGAGAAACAAGAAAAACAACACAAGUUAGAUACAGUUUCCAGUAAGAUUGAAUUGAAUCGUAAGCUUAUACAGGACCAGCAGGAACAGAUUCAACACUUAAAGAGUACAACAAAUGAACUGAAGUCAGAGAAACUUCAGAUAUCCACUAAUUUACAACGUCGUCAGCAACUGGAGGAGCAGACUGUGGAAUUAUCCACUGAAGUUCAGUCCUUAUUCAGAGAGAUAAAGGAUGCUAAAGAGCAGUUAAGCCCUUUAGAAACAACAUUGGAGAAGUUCCAGCAGGAAAAAGAAGAAUUAAUCAAUAAAAAAAAUGCAAGCAACAAAAUAGCACAGGAUAAAACGAAUGAUAUCAAAGAGAAAGUUAAAAAUAUUCAUGGUUAUAUGAAGGAUAUUGAGAAUUAUAUUCAAGAUGGGAAAGAUGAGUAUAAGAAGCAAAAAGAAAAUGAACUCAAUAAAGUGAUAGCUCAACUAAGUGAAUGUGAGAAACACAAAGAAAAUAUAAAUAAAGAGAUGGGAAUCAUGAGACAAGAUAUUGACACACAGAAGAUACAAGAAAGAUGGCUACAAGAUAACCUUACUUUAAGAAAAAGAAAUGAGGAACUAAAAGAAGUUGAAGAAGAAAGAAAACAGCAUUUGAAGGAAAUGGGUCAAAUGCAGGUCUUACAAAUGAAAAAUGAUCAUCAGAAAUUGGAAGAAAAAAUAGAUAAUAUAAAAAGAAAUCACAGUUUGGCAAUAGGGCGACAGAAAGGUUAUGAGGAAGAAAUUAUACAUUUUAAGAGAGAACUUCGAGAACCUCAAUUUCGGGAUGCGGAGGAAAAGUACAGGGAAAUGAUGAUUGUCAUGAGAACAACAGAGCUUGUGAACAAGGAUCUGGACAUUUAUUAUAAGACCCUUGACCAAGCAAUCAUGAAAUUUCACAGUAUGAAAAUGGAAGAAAUCAACAAAAUUAUUCGUGACCUUUGGCGAAGUACCUAUCGUGGACAAGAUAUUGAAUACAUAGAAAUUCGGUCUGAUGCCGAUGAAAAUGUAUCAGCCUCUGAUAAAAGGCGGAAUUAUAACUACCGAGUGGUGAUGCUGAAGGGAGACACAGCCUUGGAUAUGCGAGGACGAUGCAGUGCUGGACAGAAGGUAUUAGCCUCACUCAUCAUUCGUCUGGCCCUGGCUGAAACAUUCUGCUUGAACUGUGGCAUCCUUGCCCUGGAUGAGCCAACAACAAAUCUUGACAGAGAAAAUAUUGAAUCUCUUGCACAUGCUCUCGUUGAGAUAAUAAAGAGUCGCUCGCAGCAGCGUAACUUCCAGCUUCUGGUAAUCACUCACGAUGAGGAUUUUGUGGAGCUCUUAGGGCGUUCUAAAUAUGUGGAGAAAUUCUACAGGAUUAAGAAGAACAUUGAUCAGUGCUCAGAGAUUGUGACAUGUAGUGUUAGCUCUCUAGGUUCUUAUGUUCAUUAA